AUGGAUUCAAGUAUUCGAGAGACGUCUGCACGAGCAAUAGCAACUGAUUUUCUUACUCGUUUAAGGAAAAAAGGGGGUGAUGAAAAUCGGUUUAAAGUUGCCAGACAGCUUUAUAACUAUAUAAAUGGAGAAUUACGUGAUAACAGUGAUCAAUUUAUAGCGGAAUUUUUUGCAAUAUUCGAUGCAAAAGUUGAUCAGAGUGCUAUACAUACGUUGAUGACAAGUUUGGAUAAUGAUGAAAGAAAGGCAGGAGUAAUUUUGAUAGCCUGUUUGGUGGAAAAUGCUGGUGAUGAGACGAAACGUGUGCCACGUUUUGCAAAGUAUCUUUUGAAAGCAUUAGUGCAGGGCGAUGAAGUGGGCAUGAAACUUGUUGCCAGGGCAAUUGCGUACUUGAUUCAGACAUCAAAGACAUUCGCUGCUGAACUGGUAGAAAAAUCCAUUAACCAGGUAUGUGAGUGGCUCGAAGAAUCCGAACGACAUGAAUCACGUCGUCUUGCUGCAGUUUUUCUGGCGAGACAGUUGGCCUUAUAUACGUCAACAUCAUUCUUUUUACGUGCAUCUAAUUUCUUUUCCAAUAUUUUCAAAGUCAUCAGAGAUCCUAAGGCCACGGUACGAAUUGCGGCUACUAAGGCCUUGCAUGCUGCUCUUACAGUCACAUCGCAACGUGAAACACGUCAGAAAUCUGAAUGGUAUUGGCAUUGUUACGAUGAAGCAAUGAAUUCAUUGAAGUUUGAUGGUUUGAAUCGAGACGAAAGACAGCAUCCAAUGCUUUUGAUAUUGAAUGAAUUACUUCGAAUUGGUAAUGCACCGGCUGAGCGUCAACGUAUUCUGGCACUUGGCCGUCAACCGCAGCAGAAUGUUCGAACAGUAAUUGGAUCAAAUGCAAUAGAUUGGUUGACGGAGCGUACAUAUUCAGUUACUGUUGAUAGUAGAACUGCUAAUCAGCUUGUUGCUGAAAAAUUUAGUGAUAUAUAUCGAGUGUGCAAUCUCGCGUGUACCUCACGUUAUGUUUGUUGCCAAACAACGUUGCUUGAAAUUUUUCCACGUCUUUCGUCAUUUGAGAAAACGCAAAUGGUUACUUCGAGUGAGACAGAUAUUUUCAAUGUUGAUAUAACUUCAAUAUUUAAUCAUGCAUUAAAUUUGACUGCAAAACAUUCACCUGCUUUUUUUACUCUUGGUCUUUUGGUACUUGAUCGGCCGACAGAACUACUUUCAAAAUUGCCUCGCCUUUUCGCUGUCAUACAAAUUCAGUUGCAGACUGCAACGUACAAGCAUAAACCAGUGGAUGAAUAUGUCUUCUUGUGUUUAACGUUGAUUAUUCGCGCGUUGAAAGAAAAAGUGGAAUCGGAAAUUAAAACACUACUUCCGAUUCUGCUGUCGACAGGUUUAUCAAAAGGAUUAACGGACGUUGCUUAUGAAAUAAUGCAAUCCAUAUCUGGAUUGAAAACAGAAGCACAGGAUGGUUUGUUGAAAGAGCUUUGUCAGCUGUUGAUGAACCGCAAGUUACCUAAUAAACUUGAUCCACCGACGGAACCACUCAUGCCAGCCGGUCCUGUGAAUGUUACUAAUGUGGCGCUUACAAAUCUUGCAUUAGCUACACUUGGUCGUUUCGAAUUUCAGCGGCAUGCUCUUCAAAUGUUCAUCAAUUAUAUAGCUCAUGGUUACUUGUCGUCUGACUGCGCAGAAGUACGUCUAGCUGCAGUAGAUUGCUGUGUUAAAAUGUUGACUCCCUUUGUUCGUGUAUUUGAAUCAUUUGAAUGUGCUAAUAAAAAGCAGCGUUUCGACGUCUUAAAUUUGAUCCAGUCUGUACUCCGACAACUUGUUAUAGUUGCUGUUGUCGAUCCUUCCGUGGAAGUACGCUUGAGAGUUCUACAGUGUUUCAAAGAUGGAGAUCCACUUCUGUUAUCGCAUUUAGCGCAAGCUGAUAUGCUUGACUCUAUUUUCAUGACUUUGCAUGAUGAAAAAUUAGAAAUGCAGGAACAUGCGGUAGCCUUGCUCGGAAAACUGGGCAGUUUGAAUCCUGCAUAUGUUUUGCCUAGUUUACGUAAUGUUCUGUUGGAAACACUUACCCAGUUAACGAACAGUGGCGUGCCGAGACUCGAAGAACAUAGUGCUCGUGUGAUAGCACAAGUGGCUAAGCAGUCUCCGAAAUUUGCAAGGCCAUAUAUGAAUCCAAUAUUGACGGCUUUAGUACCAAAAUUGAGCUCCGAAAUCAGUCAUGUCGAUGUGACUGUGCAGGUAUUGAAUGCUAUAAGUGAGCUGGCAGCUGCAGGUGGUGCUGAUUUGGCUGCUUUGCGUACGAUGGGGCAGCUUUGCCAAAACACUGCAUAUGUUGUUGAUCCAUAUAAGGAGCAUCCUGAAUUACUUGAUGUAUUAUUGAGGUUAUUACGAACGGAGAUGAGUGUUUCGAUGCGUCGAAUGACCAUGCGGGUCUUGGGUAUUAUUGGAGCCUUAGAUCCAUAUACGCACAAAGUUUUCACUGGAAAAGUUUCUUCUCAGAAAUCGAAUUCGUUAGCUCUGUCGUUACCAGCUACAUCAUCAUCUUCGGAUAUGCGGAAUGAUACCAUUCAAUGGUUUCAUUACGAAAAGUGUACAUUGGCAGAACUCUAUCCGGCAUUUUCCAUUGCAAGUUUAAUGCAGAUGCUGAAAGAUGAUGCACUGAGUCAUUUGCAUCGUGAUAUCACCCAGGCAUUGCUGACUAUAUUCGGCAGCCUUGGUCCCAGUUGCACUCUCUAUGUUAACAAGGUUAUACCUCGUCUGAUAGAAGUAAUUCAAACAGCUACUCGACCUGAUUUGAAGCAGUUUUACUUGCAACAGUUGGCUAAUUUUAUAGCGAUAGUUGGCGGCAGCAUGAAACCGUUCAUGUCAAAAUUGUUUAGCUUGAUCAGGGAAGCAUGGUCAGAAGAUGUAAGUAUGCGGCUUACUAUUGUUAAUGUCAUGCAGCAAAUUGGCGCAGCAUUUGGUGCAUCAUUUGCACCAUAUAUUCCUGAAUUAUGUCCAUAUCUUCUUAGUAUCGUCCAGUCAGAUCGUACGAAGGAUAGAGCCAUCACAUGCGCUGUAUUCACAUGCGUUCAGUCAAUAUCGAUGUGUCUGGCACCACAUAUUCAUCUUGUUUUACCGCCCAUUUUGUUCGUUCUCGAUGAUCGAAAUGUCAAGGUUGAGGUACGACAAAUUGCUUUGGACACAGUUUAUCAGAUUGCUGAAACUAUUUGUAUUCGUGACCAUGCACCGAGAAUAAUGCAAGUUUGGUUGCGAGUUAUUUCUGUUCACGCAUUACAACAGAAUUUGCUGCUUUUAUUGGUUGUUAUUGUUCAACAGAUGUGGAGACAGUUUUUGGUUUUUCGUAAAAGUGUUGACUGUGCUCUAGUUCGAUAUGGCUUGCAUUGCGAUGAAUAUUUAAAGCUUAUCGUACUACUUGAUGAGGGAAGUACUGCAUCUCCUUCACAUUCUCCUGUUAUCAAAGUUUCAUCCAGUCAAGUAAAGCAGUUUAUUGCGUCUGCUCGUCAUGAAAAAGGACAACGAAUUAAUUUUGAUGUUUUGAAGAGAACUUGGACUACUACGCAACUUGUGUCCAAGGAGGACUGGGAUCAAUGGCUUGUUUUAUUGCGAAUUCAGUUUAUUCGGCAGAGUCCCUCUGCAGCUCUUCGUGCAUGUGCUCCUUUAGCCGAUGUACAUAUGUCACUUGCGAAAGAUCUGUUCAAUGCAGCAUUUAUGUCAGUUUGGAUAGACUUGGACGAAAUGCAACAAAGAGACUUAGAAACGAACCUUAAAUAUGCCCUCGAUUUCAGUAAUCAUACCGAUAUUACACAAACAAUAUUGAACCUUGCGGAAUUUAUGGAUCACUCUGAAAAAGGACCUUUACCGGUAGGUAGUGAAAGAUUGUGUAAAUGUGCUGAACAGACUCGGGCAUACGCCAAAGCGUUACGGUACACGGAACUGAAUAUUCGCGAAAAAUUUAACAAAAAUCCAGAUCCAGAACACUGCCGCUCUCUCAUUACUUAUGCAAACAAGUUGAAUCUUCAAGAAGAAGCCGCUGGAAUUGUGGCAUUUGCCCGACAACAUAAUAUGGAAAUUGGAGUAUGUGAUGUGUAG